AUGCGAACCUCCAUCGGCCCGCGCCGCACCACGCGGGUGGUGCGCAGAGCUGCAUGCGUGGCCCUGCUCGGCCUGUGCGCCGUGAUGUUCGCGUUGAUUCCGACCAGGAGCAGCGCAAACCACAGGAGCCUGUCAAGCUUCUUGGGUCUCCAAGCGAAUCCUGUUUGGGAGAGCCAGCUCCUGGUGCGCGGGGACCUGGAGGGGUACGCGCUGCUUCUCGCGGGCGAGGUGCGGACGUUCGUGUUGCCGGGGGCGGCGGAGCGGUGGAUGAAGAUCGUGGUCGACCCGCUGGACGCGGACGUGUUCAUGAACGUGGCGCUCGAGGCGAACACGCAGAUGAGCCCGCACAACGGCGGCAAGCCGCCGCCGCCGCACGAGCGCUACACGCGCUCCCGGGAGCAGCUGGACGUCGCGGUGCGGCCCUUCGGCGACAAGCUGCGGAACCUCACGGUGGCGUCCGACGCGGAGCUCGAGGGCGACCCGUGGUGGCGCGGGGAGGCCGUGACCUUCCCCGGGCUGCACUUCCGCCAGGCGAAGCUGCUGCACGCCAUGCGCCACCAGGAGCGGGCGCGCGGGCGGCCGUACGCGUGGGUGAUCCGCACGCGCCCGGACCUGUACAUGGACUGCACGCUGCCGCCGCCCGCCGAGUGGCCGCACCCGUGGGACAGGAGCGUCGAGGGGAUGUUUGGGUUGUACUACGACUUCAUCGCCGUGCUGCCGCGCGCCGCCGCGGAGCUGGCCCUGAACGCCUACUUCAUCGGCCACGGCUUCGUCGGGUGCCUGCCCUUCCAGGACGCCCCCGAGACCUGCGUGCCCCACCUCCUGCGGCAGCACGGGUGGCUCAUCCGCGGGCUGCAGUGGAGCAAGUUCGACCGCGACUCGCCGCACAACGGGUUUCCCACGCCGCGACGCUCGCACGAGUGCGACCCGGACAUGCACCCGGACGGUCCGGAGUGCCAGAACUCGCACCAGGUGCUGCUCGACUGGAGCGCGGAGCCGCCGAAGUGCUCGGACGCGGAGGGGUGGGAGCCCGGGGUGGUGUUUUCGACGCACAACGCGGAAGAGUUCAUGUGGCGGCUGCAGGGGCCGCCGGAGGCGCACCAGAUCUCGCGGCUGUUCGCCCUACCGGAGACGAGCAGCGACGCGAAGCAGGCGCUCGUGCGGGACAGCCUGCGCGACGCGACGCGCUUCAUGCCGCCGCCCGGGUAG